AUGGCAACCAGGGUGAAAGGGCUAUUCAGAGGGUUCAAGCAUAUAUCAAAGAUCUUUGUUGUUAAGGAAGAUGAAAUGGAGAUCGGGCAUCCAACAGAUGUCAAACAUGUCGCACAUAUAGGCUGGGAUAGAGACUCUGUCCAUUCUCCAAGUUGGAUGAAAAGGUUCGAUUCCCCAUCGGAUUUCUCUUCUCCCAGCAAUGUUGGGCAAUCUAGGAGAUCAUCUUUGGCUUCUCGAGGAUUGGAUCGACCGAGAAGCAUUCAAACAUCGUUUCGAUCAACUUGUAGCUCUGAAACCGACGACAAUUCUACGACUCCAAAGAAGAUGAAGAGGAGAAGACACAGAGCUGCAUCCUCCUCUUCUUCAUUAACACAUGCACAUUCGAAAAGGUCUUCAAGACUGAGAGCUCCAUACGUAGCUUCAUUGGGAGAUGAUCAUGAAGCACAAGACCAGCUUCGUGGAGUUUAA